AUGCCGAAUCUCCACGAACGCGCUAGGCAACUACGACGUGAUUCAACAGAUGCCGAGCGCGCUUUGUGGAGGUUGGUUCGGGGCCGCCGGUUUUCUGAUUACAAAUUCAGGCGCCAGGUUCCUUUGGGACUGUACAUCGUCGACUUCGUUUGUCUUGAACAGAAACUCGUGGUCGAGAUUGACGGCGGGCAACACUCGGAGGCGGUCGGCUACGACUCCGCUCGGACCGAAUGGCUAGAGUCGCAGGGCUUUCGAGUCUUACGGUUUUGGAACAACGAAGCGUUGAGCAAUUCGGAUGGCAUGGUGGAAGUGAUCUUGGCGGAGUUGCGGCGAGGUGUUUCACCCUCACCCUAG